GAGGAGCUGGCAGCAUUGCAGGAGAAGCUCACAAACGAGAGAGCCAAGAUGGAGCGGUUCAACGCGAAGUUGGACGGCCUCAACAAGCGGAUCGAAGAGCUGGCGGUCCCAUCGCCAGGGAAAGCAUGGGCGGCAGCGCUGGCCUUUCUGCAACAGGGAGGAGAGUGCCUGGACAGCGGCACCGAGCAGCGCGAGCAGCUCGCGGCCGCGCUGGACCACGCCAAGGAGCAGAAGAAGAAGGAGGCGGCAGCCAAGCACGCCGAGCGCCUCGAGAAGACCGAGGCGUACCUGGCCGCCCGCACCGCACGAGAGCGUGCCGACAGGGAGCGCAGCACCAGCGUCGACUCCAACAAGCGCCGCUGCACCGACGGCGGGCACGCCAAGGAAGACCCCAUCGAGCUCGAGGCGGGCGCCGACGAGCUCGCCAUCAGCAAGACCCUCGUCAGCACGGGGGCACCUCCUGAGCAGGCUGGUAAGGUGGUGGGUGUUCUCAAGUGUCUGGUUGGCGAGCUGCAGCCAGGGCCAGAGGCGAGCCUCGCCGUGCACACGAUCAACGCCAACACGGUAGGCCCGCUGGAGCGCGCCAUGAUGCAGAUCAGGUGCGAGGUCAGGGACGCCGUCGUCCUGGGACAGGAGCGGCAGGCCAGCGGCACGCGGCCAGAGCUGUUCCAGACACGCAUGCGCAAGCAGGCGUGGAACAUCGGAGCUGUGGGCAGCGCCAAGCCCGAUUCAGACAUCAGUGCACACGAGUCCAAGGGACGACUCGCUGUGGCCUGGGUCGACGCCUACAGCGGGACGGGCCCGAUCUGCGGGACCGCCUACAUGUGGAACAGCGAGGGCAUCACCGAGCGGAACCAGCGUAUCCUGGCGAAGUGGGGCUCCACCAUGGAUGCGCUCCAGCAGGAGCGGGUCCCGGGAGGCGACUUCAACAUGGACCCCGAGGUGCUCCAGAACUCGGAGAUCGUCGGCAGGAGCGCGCGGGACUACUUCAUCGUCUCGCGCGGCCUGGUGACGGAGCGGCUCGAGGUGCAGGUAACGGACAGCCACCACACGGCGCCGCACCUGCCAGCCAAGCUGGCAGUGCCUGUGCGCCACCACGACACCAGCAAGGAGUACGCACAGGGCCACAUCGACGGUUACUGGAGAGAGCUGGGGACAGCCUACGAGAAGCAUCUGAACAGGUACCACGGCUUCGCGGGCGACGACCUGAGCAAGCGCCAGGGCCACUUCGAGCAGGCGAACUACAAGUGGCAGCAGCGCAGGCCCAAGCCCUGUGCAGCGGCCGCACAGCAGCCGCAGCGGGCCGAGGGCGCCGAGUGGCUAGCGCGGCGACUGAGGCAGCUGAAGGCGCUAGCCAGUGCGUGGCAGCAGCGAGGAGAUGAAGGCACCACGAGGCGAGGCCAGCACAUGGCAGACGGCCGCAUCAGCCUCAACAUCGUCCUCCCGCUGCUCGCAGCGCAGGCGCCUGGGCAGAAGGCCGACGUGGACUGGUCUCCCGAAAGCGUCGAGCUGGACGGAGACGACGAGCUGCGGGGUCUGGAGCCCCAGGAGGCUCUCAUCACAUGGGACACGAUCAGCUGGCCGCCCAUCGUGCACACGCUGAAGGACAUGCGCUUCAGCAAGAUCGGCAAUUGCGCCCAGCACUACCUGGGCCUCAUCGCCACCCUGCUGGAUCUGGCCAACAAGCGGCACUGGAAGAUGUGGACCAAGGCACCCGCGCCGUGGCAGCCGCAGGCGGGCAAGGCGGCCGACGACAGCGAGGGGAACCACGAGCUGUCGCACCCGACGAAGGCCACGGACGCAGCGUUGAAGGGCUGGGAAAGCAUAUGGGGCCACCCCCUAGAUGACCGAGCCCCACGGCUGCAGCAGCCCACCGCCCUCGAGUGGGCGGAGCACAGGCCGCCGCCCAUCACACCGAAGCAGGCGAUAGAGGCCCCCGGCCGCUUCAAGCCCAAGACUGGGCUCGGCCAGUCAGGAUGGCACCCGCGCCUCUGGAGCGAAUGA